AUGUCAUUAUCACCAAUUAAGCUCUACACGGCACCAACCCCCAACGGCUUCAAAAUCAGUGUCUUUCUUGAAGUUCUCGGGCUUGAAUACGAUACGCAAGUCAUUGACAUUUCCAAGAACGAAAGCAAGGAAGAUUGGUUUGUCAAGCUCAACCCCAAUGGCCGUAUUCCAACAAUUGUCGACCCCAACUUCAAGAAUGCACCAACUGAGCAAGGCUUGGUCUUGAGUCAGACCGGUGCCAUUUUGCAAUAUCUUGCUGACACUUACGACAAGGAGCACAAGCACAGCUACCCCUUUGGGUCAGCAGAAUACUACAAGACGUUGGAGUACUUGAUUUUCCAAGUUAGCGAAAACGGCCCUAUCCAGGGCCAAGCUAAUCAUUUCAUAAUUUAUGCAAAGGAAAAAGUUCCAUAUGGAGUUGACAGAUAUACCAAUGACACCAAGAGAAUCUACGGUGUCUACGAAGACAUCUUGAGCAGAAACAAGGAGAAUGGCUCAAAAUUCUUGGUUGGCGACAGGUACACUGUGGCCGAUUUUGCUUUGUAUGGGUGGGCUUAUAGGUUGGCGCGUAUCGAUAUCGAUAUCCAUGACUGGCCGUUGUUGGGUCAAUGGUUUGACCAGUUGUCCAAACUUCCUGGCGUUGAAAAGGGGUUGCAAGUGCCCCCUUCUAAAUAA